CCCCGGGUCGGGUCCUGGCUGAGUCUGACCUGGUUCAUCCCGGCGUUGACAAAGAGCAGGCUCGGGUCCCCUCUGGGCCGCACCGGGGAGGACAGGACCAGUCGGUGUUGGUGUUGGUGCUGGAAGAAGUCCAAGAAGGUCUUUCGGACACGCGCGGCUCCCACUUCCGGGGGACACGCGCUGCGGGCGCGAGUCGAGCGGACCCGGAACCGAACCGGCGGCCCGGAGAGCCGCCGGGUGGCGCCCAGGCUCCGGUGAAGUGGACCUAGCAUCGGCGCGGCGGGCCAGAACCUAACGAACCGGACAGGAAGCGCCUUCUGGCUGGGGCACAGUGCGCAUGCGCCUACUUCUUGGGACUCAAGGGCACGCAACAACAACUUGAAAGCGCAUUACCGCCAACCAGCGGACGCAUGCGCGCACUGCUCUUAGGAACCAAGGCUUCUUUUGAUGAGACGCGUAUUUAAUGGAAUAAUCAUCAUCAUUGUGGACAUGACGUGUGUAUUCAAUAUUUUUAUUAUUAUUAAUAAUAAUAAUAACAACAUUGUGGACAUGACGGUGUCAGCCGAGAAAGACGCCAUUCUGUACACAGUGCUGAAAGUUCCGACGCUUGCUUCGGCGCCUGAAGGCGUCAGCGCGCGCUCAUCAGCGGUGAUUCAAGUCACCUGCCAGGUGAUUCAAGUCACCUGCCACGUGCUGCUCGUGUCCUUCAAAGUGUUUUGGCGCCGGCGGGAUGCACAAGGGCCUGAAGAAGUACUUCGUCAACAUGGACGACUACCUGGCCAGUCUGGGCCUCUACCGCAAGAUCGUGGCGAGGGACGCCUCCAGCCUCUUCCGGGCCGUCUCGGAGCAGCUGUACUUUUCCCAGAACUACCAUCACAGGAUCCGCCAGGACUGCGCUAACUUCAUGAGAGCUAACGCUAGCGUCUUUGAGCCGUUCGUUGAAGGGUCCUUCGAGAAGUACCUGGAGCGUCUGGAGGACCCAAAGGAGACAGUGGGCCAGGUGGAGAUCAAGGCGCUCUCCCAGCUCUACAGGCGCUGCUUCCUGAUCUACCGUUACCCCGGGAAACCGCCCACCUUCAUCUCCGAGGAGCACUUUGUGGACCAGGUGACGCUGUGCUGCUCCAUCAACGGCCACUAUGACAUCAUCUACCCCAGGACCUACCCCGCCUCUGCGGCCCUGUGCCAGGGUGUGGUGUACCAGCUGCUCUACACCAAAGUCUUUGGCUGCGAGGAGGCGGAGCUCUGUCAGGCCGUGGAGGCGUUCAGGGUGGGAGGUCGUCGCUAUAGAAACAGCGUGUGCAGCGACGAGCUUCCCGAGGAGAGAGGACACAGGUGCGCACCUGCAGGCCCCCCGCUUGUGGCACACCCUCACUGUGUCGGCUCCUGCAGGGAGGAGGCGGAGUCGGGCGGCGCCACGGACGAGAAGCAGGUCGACGACGGCAAGUUGGAAGCCCCGCCCCCCUGCAGACUGCCUUACAAGGUGAUGAAGUCCCUGGACGGCGAGGUGUACAGGAACGUGGAGUUCGACGUGUGGCAGGACACCUGCAAAGAGAUGCAGAAGAGCGACUACAUGGUGUUCGCCGGCAGACAGUACUUCCUGGGAGACAAGUGUCAGGUGCGUCUGGAGCCCAAGGGGAAGUACUUCAACGCAUUCAUCCAGGAAGUGGGAACGCACUCGGCCGCCGUCACCGUCUUCAUCGAGGAGCUGGGCGAGAAACACCUGGUUCCACUGACGGACCUGAAACCCGUCAAUCCGGUUCCCGCCUGGAACGUGGCAGCGCCAUCUCGGAAAGGAGACCCCGAUUGCGACACCCGUGGUCAACGCCAUCACCGCCAUCGCUACUUCAGGAAGUCCCGGGGAGGUAUGAAAGGGGCGGAGCUUUUGAUAGCGCCUCCCUCGUAUGGAGGUCUGGGCCCCUCCACGCUGCCCCCCCGCUUCCAGCCUGCGGGUCACCCUCGCCCCCCUCCUCCUCCCUCUGCUGGAGCCAUGACCUAUGACCUCUACACUCCGCCCCACCACCACCACCCCCCUGCUGGACGCCCACCGCGGUAUGGCACGUCCAGAAGCUCCACACGCUUCCUAAACCGCCACCUGAUCGGUCCCCAGUUGACCUACUACCCGCCCACUGGGAGGCGUUACUAUGACUACGAGAGCUACGCCUUUAGGUCUCGGCGCAGUCGGCGUCAGAACGCCAACAAAGAAUGUCAGUUCUCCUUCUCGGACGCCACAGAAGACGUGACCUACUACCAGCUGGACCACAACCAGGGCCCGUCGGUGCCCCAAACCCCCGCCAUGGCCACGCCCCCUGCAGGCUCCUCCUACAGGGUCCAGAGAGGAUUGGGGCCCCUCCCCGGCCCGCCAGGAUCCACCCUGGUGUGUUCCUCUGAGGAAGACCAGGAAGAUGUCACCACUGUGGAGGCCCCAGAGUUCAGAGAGGACUUCAUCUACAACACGCAGGAUCCCACCUACCAGACUGCCAGCAUCUACACUGCUGCAGAGUCUGCCACCAGCCAGGAUCAGCAGGAAGGGGGUGUGGCCAACUCUCCUCCAAGAUCUGAUAUGACCUACAGCUACACACAGCAGGUGGUGAAGCCAUUAGGGGUCAUCUCUUCUUCACCUUCAUCCUCCUCUUCCUCAUCACCCUCUUCCUCCUCAUCUCGUGCACCUGCUGCCACUCACCUGCCUGUGGCAUCACACGCUCCACCUCGCUCAGUUGCCAUGGCGAUCCCAGCAGCCUCCCCCUGGUUGGUUAACGAGAUGGGAGAGACGGUGUGUGCGGUGAUGACUCCGCCUCCCUACUCCUAUGACCCCAAUGGCAACGACCUACCCAGAGAUUACAGGGUGCUGCAGUACUACUUCAACCUGGGCGUGCAGUGGUACUGGCAGCAGCAGCAGCAGGUGUACACGCCCCCCUCCCCUGACGCCUACCAGCACUGCCUCCCCUACCUGGGCCAGGACGCCGGCCCUCCCACCUAUCCCGAGGCAGGACGCGGACCCCAGCAGCCGCCGUCCUUCCCAGAGUGCACCAGGGCUGCUGACGGACAGGCGGAGUCUCAGGGCGGCAGCGGCCCCACCCCUUCCAUGGAGGGCUGUCCUCUCACUGGUUUGCCUUCAGGACCCGCCUCCUCCACGCUUUUGUACCAGGAUCCAUCCCCUCUACUGCACCUGCCGUAUGAAACUCCACCCCCUGCUGGCUACCUGCCCCCGCCUCCUGUCCCUCACCACGCCCACCACACACCAUACCAGCCGUGUCUUCCCUGGGGGGCGUUCCAUGCCGGCUCCCGAAUGUACUGCCCCGCCACUAACCCCGCCCACGUGGUGGGCUACCUUGCGGCCCCCACGCACUACAUCCCCCCAGCUGUGUGACUUCCUUUAGCUCGAAUGCUAACAUUUAAAGGAUAAGUUUGUUUGCAAGUUUAUUUAAUGGAGGUUGUCCUUGAACUUGAGCCAGCCAAUCAGAAAGAAGGGCGUGGCCAGUCACUGUUAAAGGGAAGUUUAUGUUACGUCACCAGGGUGUUGUUGAGGGUUAAUAAAGUGUGUCACCAGCACAAA